AUGGGUGCUUGUUGUAGUUGUUUGAAAAGUGAUAGCAACGAAGAGCCUAACAUUCUUCCUAUUUCAGAUAAUGAACGUGAAGCUGUCACUGCGUUGUUAGGUUAUUUGGAGGAUAAAGAUCGUUACGAUUUCUAUUCGGGUGGCCCUCUAAAAGCAUUGACCACAUUGGUUUAUUCGGAGAAUCUAAAUUUACAAAAAAGUGCUGCAUUGGCUUUUGCUGAAAUCACUGAAAAGUAUGUUCGUCUGGUCGAUCGUUCUGUUUUUGAUCCAAUCUUGGUUUUGUUAAAAAGUUCCGAUCCUCAAAUUCAGGUUGCCGCUUGCGCUGCUUUAGGGAAUUUAGCAGUUAAUAAUGAAAAUAAACUAUUAAUAGUGGAAAUGGGAGGUUUGAAGCCAUUGAUCAAUCAAAUGAUGGGCGAUAAUGUCGAGGUUCAGUGUAAUGCUGUCGGCUGUAUCACAAAUCUGGCUACUCAAGACGACAAUAAACAUAAGAUAGCAACUAGUGGGGCUUUGAUUCCAUUGACAAAACUAGCAAAAUCAAAGCAUAUAAGAGUCCAGAGAAAUGCCACUGGUGCUCUAUUGAAUAUGACACACUCGGGGGAAAAUAGAAAAGAGUUAGUUGGUGCUGGUGCCGUCCCCGUCCUUGUGUCGUUAUUGUCGUCGACAGACCCAGACGUCCAAUACUAUUGUACUACUGCAUUGUCAAAUAUCGCUGUUGAUGAAGUUAAUAGGAAAACUUUGGCUCAAACGGAACCUCGCUUAGUAUCUAAAUUAGUCUCAUUGAUGGAUUCUCCAUCUCAAAGGGUUAAAUGCCAAGCCACUCUAGCUUUAAGAAAUUUGGCCUCAGACACUAGUUAUCAAUUAGAAAUUGUGAGAGCUGGUGGGUUACCACAUUUAGUUACAUUGAUCCAAAGCGAUUCGAUGCCAUUGGUACUAGCCAGUGUCGCUUGUGUUAGAAAUAUCUCUAUCCAUCCAUUGAAUGAAGGUUUGAUAGUCGAUGCCGGUUUCUUGAAACCUUUGGUUAAACUAUUAGAUUUUAAAGGUUCGGAGGAAAUUCAAUGCCAUACAGUCUCCACAUUAAGAAAUUUGGCAGCUUCAUCAGAGAAAAACAGAAAUGAAUUUUUUGAAAGUGGUGCUGUAGAGAAAUGCAAACAAUUAGCCUUAGAUUCUCCGAUUAGUGUACAGAGUGAAAUAUCGGCAUGUUUUGCCAUUUUGGCUUUAGCAGAUGUCUCCAAAAUGACUUUAUUAAACUUAAAUAUCCUUGAUGCUUUAUUACCAAUGACUUUCUCUGAUAAUCAAGAAGUUUCAGGAAAUGCUGCCGCUGCGCUUGCAAAUCUAUGCUCAAGAAUAAACAAUUACUCAAAGAUAAUGGAUGCAUGGGAUCAACCUAGUGAUGGUAUUCGUGGUUUCUUAGUCCGUUUCUUACAAAGCAAUUAUAUCACUUUUGAACAUAUUGCCCUAUGGACAAUUUUACAAUUACUAGAGAGUCAUAAUGAUAGAAUAGUACAAUUGGUCAAAAAUGAUAAAGAAAUUAUCGAUGGAGUAAGACAUAUGGCAGAUAUCACUUACGAACGUUUACAGAGAUCGGAAACUGAUUCAAAGAAUGCAGGAAAUAAUGAUAUAGUUGAUUCAACUAAUUCAGAUUACGUUGAUGAUGCAAGCAUGGACCUGUACAAUAUUACUCAACAAAUUCUUCAAUUUUUGAAUUAA